AGUUGCUGAGAUACUGUCAAACAAUCUUUAGAUGGUGAGAUUCAGGUCAAAACUUUAAAUUCUAUAACUGACUCACAGUAAACAUUUUUCUCACAAAACUCUCAGAUUUCCUCAGAGAUUUCUUCGCUAACUGCGCGUCUACGUCACUGAAAUAAACACGUUCUUUCAUUCUCAAGAAACAGGAAACUUUGUACAUACAUGUGACAAAAACAUGCGGUUUGUUUACUGUUUUUGACCUGACAGCCUCCAAAUCGAAACACUAUCACUAUUCGAAGUAAUGUGUACGCUAUAAUCAUUGUUCGUGUGAAUUUUAAACUUUUCUAAUAACGAAUUAAAACAACAUUUUUUUUUGUCAUCGAAUAUUUACUGAAGUUGAAAAGAAAAAAAAAGGAGUUUAAAAAAUACGGAGAAACUGUCAGUGUUCAACACCUGAUGUCAACAAGUCAGCGUUUGACAACACAGGUAAAUUCAACUCCGAUACCCUAAAAACCCAAAUUACUACUACAUCAAUAGCCACCCACAGAUACGCAACACAAUGAGCAUUGAUGGGGAAAACUAUCUUCACCCACAAAAUAGGACUCCGCCAAGGCCUCGAUUGGAGCCAUACCCAAAGAAGGAAAUUGUACCAACCAAAAAACAUCCAGGACGUUUUCAGAGAUUUGAUUCAGGUAUUGGUGAUCUAGAGAACAGUGGCAGUGGAGAGUUUCCCAUGCAAAUUCCAAGAUCUUGUUCCCCUCGUCCCUUUCAUUACGACUAUGCUGACUACCCUUCUCAUCAGUAUGAAGAGGUCCCUAUACAAACGCCAUCUUAUUCCCGUGAUGAUUCCCAGCUUGGUAGACCAACAUUUAAUUCCUCGUCAGACAUUCCAAAUGAAGAGGAGAACCAGUCACAGUCACAUUCAGAAUCCAGUCGUAAAAGAGUAAACCCAUUAUAUGAAGCUGUGUCGAAGACUGGUUUUAACCAUAAUGAUAAUCAAUUUAAACUCCCUCCAAAUGAGUCCAUCUAUAAACAAUUCCAUUGUCUCCGUGUGGCCUUCACUCUGGUUGUUGCUGUCGUUCUCCUCUCAUUAAUUGCUAUCACAACUGUCAUCCUUUUAAAUGAACCAAAAGAAAAUGGUAAUUUGUUAAAGGAAUUCCAAGAAUUAAAACAGAAACACAUGUUAUUAGAAAGAAAGCUGGAAGAAAUAAUUCAGAACCAAAAUAAGAGUGAUAUAGCACUGCAAUCCCUUGAUAAUGUCAUUGCCAACAAAAGCGAAGACGUCCAAGAUCUGUUUUCAUAUCUAAAUAGCUCUUUACUGGAUUUCCAAACACAGCUACGUAAUAUUAGUAAAAUGCCUGGACCUCAGGGUCCACCCGGAGUUGGAGAUCUUUCCAAAUGUAAAUACAAAUCCAGGCAUGACUCAAGUGGACAGGAGGUGACCUCAACAAUAUGGGCUCCACUUCAGGACACGCUUAAAAAUUAUAUUGUGAUGUCAGCUACAUGCUCUGUUUAUCACGGUCUGUCGACACAACUGAUAGAGAAUGAAUACAAUCAGUACCAGUGUAAAUGUUCUGGUCAUUUUCCUCAAGGCUCCGUGGAUAAAGUGUGUUAUCUUCAUCUUUGGCUUUGUCCGAAGAAAUCCUGAUUAUGUGUCCUUUGUUGGACAAUAUGUACAGUACUCACAAAAAGCCAGACACGAAUGGGAGUAUUUUUACCAAGACAGCAAGAAGAGGGAAAUGCAUAUACAUACAUAUAUAUACACACUUACAAACACUCACACACAUGUAUAAUAUUAUUGUUAGAUUUGCCUACUGUUCUAUUAUUUCAAAUUUCAAGCCAAAGAGGCAGUCAUCUGAUGGCAAAUCGGCAAAAUAUGAAAAAUAAUGUUUUGGUAAAUACUAACAAUAGCAAAAACAAAAAAAUUAGCUACUCUACUUUAUGUAUUGAGUUCUUUUUAUCAUUUUGUAACACUGCUUGCAAACAGAGUAUCAUGUAUAUGCAUUUUAUUGCUUCUGUAUAUUACAAUACAUUAACCUUACUUGAAUUUACAAUAUGAGAAGCUUGAUAAUGUUUAUAUCUGUAGACUUAUCAAAUAUGAUAAGCAUAAUAUAAUAAUGUUUAUAUCAAGAGGGUGUACUUUUUGUUUUAAUAUAUAUUUUUAUUAUGUAUAUAGUUUAUAAAUACAUUGGCUUUUUAAGUCUUCUGUCACUUCUUAGGAUAUCCAAUAUCCAUCUGUUCAAUGUCACUCUCGAUAUAUAUAUAAUGAUAUGUAAUUGUAAGAUCCAAGGAUCUAGGAUCUAAAGCUUUAAGCUGUCCGUGGUAGAUAUAAAAAAAACAACUUUCAGGAAAAUGAUGGUUUAUUGGUGCAGAAGGUUGUAUGCUUUUCCCAUAUCGAAGUUCAAUAAGCUGAAAAAUGUUUUUUUCAUAGUUCACAGUUAGUAACUUGGGUUGCUAUGAAUGCAAAAAAAAAAAUCCAAAUUGAAGGAAUGGAGCAUAUGUUUCCUAGCCAGCAGAUCCUUGGAAAUAAUAAUUAUCCAAUGAGGGGUACUCCACUAACUACUUAUCAGGCUGAAAUACAUAUACAAUAUAUAUAUUUGUGUGUGUGUGUGUGUGUGUGUAUAUAUAAUUGAUUGACAAAAGCAUAGGAAUUACCUAAUUACCUUCAUUAGUUUACAGGUGUAAGCUAAUGGAGAUGAUUAUGUAACUCUGUUCUUUUGUCAUUCAUUAAUAUUAUACUCUGUAAUCACCUGACACUACUCUGGAGCAUUAUUGAGUUCUAACAACUGGUUAUUAGUAUUACUAUGCCUAAGUGAAAUCAUAAAAUAUGUAUAUAUGUAUAAAUAUGUAUGUAUAUAUAUAUGUAUGUAUAUAUAUAUGUAUGUCUAUAUAUGUAUAAAUAUGUGUACAUAUAUAUAUAUUUGUGUGUAUGUAUAUAUAUGUAUUUGUGUGUGGGGUGUAUAUAUAUAUAUAUAUAUAUAUAUAUAUGUAUGCAUAUGUGUGUAUGUAUGUAUGUAUGCAUAUGUGUGUAUGCAUAUAUGUGUGUAUGCAUGUAUGUAUGCAUAUGUGUGUAUGUAUGCAUGUAUAUAUGUAUGUAUAUAUGUAUGUAUGCAUAUAUGUAUGUAUCCAUGUAUGUAUGUAUGCAUGUAUGUAUGCAUGUACGUAUGCAUAUAUGUAUGCUUGCAUGUACAG